UGAGAAUAUUCUAUGAAUAAUAUGACAUAGCAUAUGUAUAGCUACUACCCGCGAUCGUUACCAGUCGAGCAAAAUUUUUUCACAGAUAAGAUGGCAAAUCAGGGUCGUGGAAACUGGUCUAACCGCCUGGAAUUUUUGUUUUCGUGUAUAGGAGUUACUGUUGGUCUUGGAAAUAUAUGGAGAUUUCCGUAUAUCUGUUACAAAAACGGUGGAGGUGCCUUCCUCAUCCCCUAUUUCCUGUUCCUCGUUCUCAUCGGAACGCCCUGUGUUUUUCUGCAGUUCUCAUAUGCGCAGUACUCCAAUCUUGGACCGGGAAAAGUAUGGGAAUGCUGCCCUUUAUUCAGAGGAAUUGGCUACGGCAUGAUGACACUGACGUUUAUAGUUGGCAUGUAUUACGACGUUAUACUAUCUUGGACACUCUACUAUUUUGGAAAGUCUUUUUUCUCACCCAUCCCUUGGGCGACAUGUGGUAACGAAUGGAACACGCCAAUGUGUUCCGUUAGGACAAAUGUUGCUGCCGCAGGGCCGGGAAAUUCCACGAUAAUGAACGAUACAAUCAUUGCUAUCCAUGACUACCUUAAUACGACGUCUCGAAAAACUCCACCGGAAGAGUUUUGGGAGAACAAUGUCCUCCAACUGACAGAAGGGAUCCACACUCUAGGGACGUUUCGCUGGGAGAUACUUCUUGGUGUAUUAGCAACGUCUAUUGUAAUAUUUCUCUGUCUUCUCAAAGGAAUCCAUUCCUCGGGAAAGGUGAUGUACGUGAUGGCGACGAUCCCCUACGUGUUUCUCUUGAUCCUUUUAAUCCGGGGUCUCACCCUUCCUGGAUCAUUACAGGGACUGAAAUAUUACAUGGUGCCAAGAUGGGAAGAGCUCCUAAAAUUUACCGUUUGGGUGGAUGCCGCGUCACAGACUAUCUACUCUCUAAGUCUUUCUUCCAGUGCCCUCAUUGCAUUGGCCAGUCAUAACAAGUUCCAUAACAACAUUUAUAGAGAUGCGAUAAUAAUUCCGAUAUUUGACGCCUUCACCAGUUGGUUCGCUGGCUGUGUGGUGUUUGUCACGUUAGGCUACAUGGCACAGGAGGCGAACUUAUCUAUGGCAGAUGUGGUAGACCAAGGACCUGGAGUUGCGUUCAUUGUGUACCCGGAGGCCUUGGCUACUCUCCAGGUACCUCAGCUCUGGUCGGCUCUCUUCUUCCUCAUGCUGUUUACUGUGGGAUUAGAUUCACAGAUUGUACACAUACAACUGCUCUAUACAGGACUGACGGACACUUGGCCGACAGUAUUCGGCCGCCGUAGACUCGUGACUGUAGCAAGCAUCAUAUUGUUGUCCGGGAUAUGUGGGAUAAUUUUCACCACACAAGGUGGUAUGUACGUGGUACAGCUAACAGACUGGUACAUUUCCAGCUUAUCAAUUAUGGUGCUUGUAGGGAUGGAGGUCACUGUGUUAGCCUGGAUAUACGGUACCGACCGCAUCUAUAAGGACAUUGAGGCAAUGAUUGGCUACCAACCAAACAGACUGUGGAUGGUACUUUGGAAAUACAUCACACCGUUUCUUUCCGCUGUAUUGUGGCUGAUAGGGGUCAUCAAUCACCAGCCAGUGACCUAUGGUUCGACUCCCUACCCUGCCUGGUCUAUAGGAAUCGGCUGGAUCAUCGGCAUUCUUCCGUUGUUACCAAUCCCAGUAACAAUGUUCAUUACUCUCAGACGUCAAAAGGGCAGUCUAAAGGAGAGACUUUAUAAAUCACUGAAACCAACAAAAGAAUGGAAGCCAGCGAUAUCAUCAUAUCCAGACGAUAAUGAUGUCGAAUUAAGUCUGAAUGACAACAAAGACAAUUCCAUCUGAUCAAAGUUUCAAGGAGUAAGGUGUCCCUUUUACUAGACAUACAUGUACCACUAGGUGUAAGGCGUACCUCUUACUAGACAUACCGCUAGGAGAAAGGUGUACCUCUUAUUAGAUAUACCGCUAGGAGUAAGGCGUACCUCUUACUAGACUUACCGCUAGGUGUAAGGCGUACCUCUUACUAGACAUACCGCUAGGAGUAAGGUGUACCUCUUACUAGACAUACCGCUAGGUGUAAGGUGUACCUCUUACUAGACAUACCGCUAGGUGUAAGGCGUACCUCUUACUAGACAUACCGCUAGG